AUGGCUGUGCCUUUUUCGAAUACAACAUUAAGAGUUCCGCAUGGUUUUCCAAACUUACUGGAAGGUUUCGCGAGGGAAGUUUUAAGACACCAACCGAAAGAUAUUUAUGGUUUUGGUGCCAAAUACUUUGAAGAGUUACUUCUAAAAAGAGAAGAAACUGGGACUGAAGAUUUGGCUCAGCUUGGCGCAAAACUAAAUGAUCGGUAUUAUAACAACAAAGCGUAUUGUACUGGUACGUGCAACAUUAACAAUGCUGAACAUCAAGAGGCCGCUGUACGUAUUCAAGCAGAAUAUCGUAGACAUUUAGCCAGCCAAGAAACUGAACACCUACGUGAGGAAAAUGCGGCAACUCGAAUUCAAGCAAAUUAUCGUGGAUACAGAGAUAGAAAACUAGUUAACAUAAUGAGGGAAAACGAACGUAGUAUGGAUCAUUCUGGAGAACAACCAAACAAAGAAGAUGAAGUAAAUCUUGAAAGUGUAAGAGACAUCGACCAAACUAGUGUUUUAUCAAACCACACAAUUUCACCGAAUAAUCAAUCGUUUGAAGAAAAAAAAGUUUCAAUUCAAUUACCACAAUCACAGAAAUACACUGAACACGAGGCAGCUACCAUAAUUCAAUCUAGAUAUCGAGGUCAUCUUCAACGAGAACGUUUUCAUAGUACUACAAAAGUAAAACGAAUAUUCAUUAAUAAUGAUGAUUCAAAUGUUGAUAUUGUGACUGAAAACGACGUAGUUAUUGAUCAAACCUCCAGUUCAUCAAAUCAUCAUCGUCAUCCAGAUUUGAUACAAUCCCCAAUAGAAUCAAAAGAAAUAGAUAUUGAAGAAAAGGUUUCUGGUAAAGAAUCGUUAAAUACUAAUAAACCUGAAGAAGACUUUCGGACAUCCGAAGACGAAAUCUCAUCUCAUCAAGAAGAGAAGAAUUUAGAAUCUGACAAACAAAUAACGAACGAUUAUUUUAUUGAAGAUUCUAACGAAAAUACAACUGAAGAUAUAAGCAUUGCAAAUAAUACUGAAUCAGAAGAGCAAACAACUGAACAGACACCUAGAAAAGAAGAUGAGGAAGUAGACGUUGAAAAACCUCAAAAUUCAGAGACUGAAGGUUAGCAAAUGAAUGAAUGAACAAAUGUGAAACAUCAUAGCAACUAUUCAUCUUAUUUAGUUUUAAUAUUUGUUUUUUACUCUACCCCAUAUAUAAACAUUUUGUGAUGUUUUACACAAUUUCUAAUUUAUGUACAUGUUUAAUCUUUUUUUCCCCUCAAUAAUUUUUCUAUACAAUGAAUAAACUAGUGUUACUCAAUCAUGUGAUCAUCUU